GAUGUCAACAGCUACAGCAAUGACCACAACUCCCACAACAACCGAAAGCAUAACCACGCCAACCACUACUGCGACGUCAACUUCUACUGCAACUACUACAACUCCCACGACAACCGGAACCACCACCACGCCGACCACUGCUGCGGCAUCACCCACUACCGCGACGUCAACUACUACUGCAACGACUACAACUCCCACGACAACCGAAACAACCACCACCCUGACAAGUACCACGAUGUCAACUACUACUGAAACGACAACAACUCCCACGACAACCGGAACCACCACCAUGCCGAACACUGCCGCGACGUCAACCACUACUGCAACGACUACAACUCCCACGACAACCGGAACCACCACCAUGCCGACCACUGCCGCGACGUCAACCACUACUGCAACGACUACAACUCCUACGACAACCGGAACCACCACCAUGCUGACCACUGCCGCGACGUCAACCACUACUGAAAUGACAACUCCCACGACAACUGAAAGCACAACCACGCCGACCACUGCCGCGACUUCAACUACUACUGCAACGACUACAACUCCCACGACAACCCAAAGCACAACAGCUCCAACCACUACCACGACGUCAACUACUUCAGCAACGACAACAACUCCCAUGACAACCGAAACC